CACCCACCGGUCGCCGAUCUACUUGACUGAUGUCGUAUUUGUUGACGAUGUGAAUGCAUGCAUGACUUGACCACGUGUCAAAAAUUAAACAGUCCGUGUUUUAGUACACCUCAUGGUAACCAAGGCUUCUCAUUCCCAAUUUGGUUCUCUAACCUGCAGAUUGGCUAUACCACGGAACAUUGUUGCCAAAAAUAGAAACUACUUCUUCAAUAACGUGUAAAUGACAGCACCAUAAGGUGGAGGUGGGCGAAACUCAUUCACAGUGAUAACGAAAUCUGUUCAUGUUUGAUGAUGAAAUUUCCAAUUUAUAACAGUGUUACAGGACAUGAAAAUUACCCAGAUGGCCAUUCAACAGAAACAGGGGAGAACAUUCACCUAAAGAUAUUAGUGCCCAGUAUAGCCGCAGGUGCUAUUAUCGGCAAAGGUGGAGAAACCAUCGCACAAGUUCAAAAAGAAGCAGGCGCUAGAGUUAAAAUGUCAAAAGCCAAUGAUUUCUACCCAGGUACAACAGAAAGAGUCUGCCUCAUUAUGGGCCCAGUUGAAGCCGUUCAAAAAGUCCACAAUUUUAUCAUGGAUAAAAUAAAAGAAAAACCUGACCCAAAUCCUAAACUAGACGAUACCAAAUCGAACUUUGAGAGGCAUAGACAAGUAAGUGUAAAAAUUUUAGUACCUAACAGUACAGCUGGUAUGAUUAUAGGAAAGGGAGGUAAUUAUAUAAAACAAAUUAAAGAAGAAAGUGGAGCCUAUAUACAGAUAUCUCAAAAGUCCAAAGAAACAAAUUUACCUGAACGCUGUGUUACUAUAGCCUGUGAAAAGAAUAUGCAAUGUGAUUCAGAUGCUGAUAGAAAAGCUGUGGAUAUGAUUUUACAGAAAAUAGUUGAAGAUCCACAAAGUGGAUCUUGUCCUAAUAUAAGCUAUGCAGAUGUAACCGGUCCGGUUGCUAGUGCCAAUCCUACGGGCUCACCUUUCGCAAACACAACUUUCCUACAGAAUCGUACAUCAGAUAUUGCCAUCAACAACAAUAACUUCGCUGGAGGUGGAUUCGGCUUCGGAUUCAACAACGGAAACACAUUUAAUAGCAAUGUUGCUAGUGGUCUUAAUUUUAACGUGAAUACUGGAUCUACUAAUACCAUGUCUGGACAAGCGCUAGAUAAUUUAAAAGUUACUCUACGUAACAGUGGAUUUACAGAUCAGGCUACAGAAGAAAUUAGUGCCGCUAUGAACACUUUAGCUAAUUAUGGUAUUCUUGGAAUGGGACUCGGGAUGGGAAAUGUUGCUACUGCCAGUUUAGGGCCGGCUCCUGCUUUAGGUAGUUUGAGUUUAGGUGCGCCAACGAUGGGCGUUAACAGUAUGAUGACCUCUGCCACGACCCCUACUAGCACUGUAUCAAACGCGUUUCUUAACACAAGUAACAGUUCGACUGGGGCUUCCAGUUUGUUUGGUCCAGUUGGCAGUGGAUCUGGUUUAGGCAGUUCAGGAUCAACUGGAGCUAACUCGAGUCUGUUUGGAAGUUCUUCUCCAAGUAUCGGAACCGAAAGAUAUGGAAGCAGUCCAAUGUUGAGUGAUUCUUUUACUAGUCCAGGCAACUACCAAGCGUCGGCUGCCUUCCCUACCACUGAUAGAUCCCCUAACGUGAAUCAAAAUUCAUUUGGAUUAGGUACAGCCAUUUACAGCCCCACAGAAGAUAAAGGUGGAGUAGCAGGUACUACAAAACAAGAAUUAGAAGUUCCAGAGAGUAUAGUAGGCGCAAUAUUAGGUCCAGGAGGAAAGGGUAUUGUGGAAAUUCAACAGUAUACCGGUACAAAUAUUCAAAUUUCAAAGAAAGGAGUUUAUUCGCCUGGAACCCGAAAUAGGCUCGUUUCAGUAACUGGAACAGCGGCAAAUAUUAGUAAAGCUAAUUUCAUGAUCCAACAGCGUAUUCAACAAGAAGAAUACAAACGAGCCCGACAAGCCUCUGUACGCUAAUGUUGUGAUUCUACCAUAGUUUAUUAUAAUUAUUAAAAUAUCACUAUCACACUGGACAGUAUAUAUAUAUAUAUAUAAUAUCGCCUUUUUAAGUUUUAUCUUUCAAUAAUCAGUGGCAUAAUGGACUAUCGGUGAUUUGCAUAUAAAAGCGAUUGAGUGAUUCCCUAUCACGUUAAUAUAAAACUUUGCAUGUUUUCAUAUAACAUUUGACUUCUACCUUUCCUGAUUGGUCAGAAACAUCGACGAACUAUUUUUAUUUUCAACUACAUUAGUCUUUGCUGUAAAUACCCAUAAUUCCUUCAGAUCUCAGACAGACAGCCAUUAUUAUUACAUUGUGAAGUUUGCGCUAAAAUCAACUAUAGAACCGAGUGCAAAAAAAAAACCAAAACAUUAACAGACUUACAAAAUUACUUUCAUUUCAUCAUCAGUUUUUAUCAAGCAAUGCAAGUCGACGAUUUUUAUGGCAGAGUUAUCUACCCAGCUGCUCAAAACGCCAUUUUUUUAUGCCAGUUUUUCUAAGGAUUUAGAAUAAAAGGUAGUCUUUCAUCUUCUGAAGAAAACACCCAUCAUCGUCAAACUGACACUUUAUACCGGUAGAUCGUUAUCGUAAAGUUACUGGUGUUUCCCAGCUGGGUCUUUCCAAGAAGAAUUCUAGAUAAUUAUAUAAAUAUUACUGAUAGACUAUAUCAUAUUAUUACAUUUGUAUCAUGCAACAGAAUUUGUAUUAUAUAUAUAUAUAUAUAUAUUAUAUAUAUCUUAUAUUAUUGUAAUGUUGUGUAUACCUAUUAUUACCGGGUUUAAUUAAUGACUUGAUGUAAAAAGCUACUUGUUUUUAGUCUCCGUUAAUUUUGUUAUAUUAUUAUUUAACUCGACUUUGUUAACCACUGGUACGAACUUUCAUGUGUAAGAUUGAAUACAAUCACUUCUUAAUUAUUAUUAUUCAAACAAUAGACAAAUUCAUAUUUAUUUUGAACCAUAUAAGAGUAAAGAGCUGUCAUUUUUAUUAUUAUAAUGUAAUUAUUAUUAUUAUUAUUAAUAGCAUGGUUUCAUAUUUUUUCAUGUGUGUGCGUGUGUUUACUCCAACUGAACGGGUAUCUCUCUUCUCUUUCUAUCUUUCUUUCACUUCUGCUAUUCUCAAUCCUUUUUUAGUCAAAAUCUUUUUGUUGAUUGUUGCCUUGUUAGUUAUCGUGUCAGUUGGAUUUUGUUGGAUGUUUUAUUUUGUAUUUUUUUGUGGAUUUGGGUAAUAUUCAAAAACACAAAAGGUUUUUCAUGAAGAAUUGAAAGAUGAUUAUAAUUAUAAAUAAGUAAUUUAUUUUAGAUACAUAUAUAUUAUUAGAGAACAUUGUUCCAUAGAAUAAUUCAUGUUUCUCCAUUCUGUGAACAUCAGUCUUUUGUUAUGGCGAUCAUUUUCUUUAAAAAAUGUAGCUGCCAAUUAUUUAUUUAUUUUUUAGAUAAAGUUUCUUUCAUAUUGUCUAAUUAUCAUUGUGGUUCAUUUCUUUUCUGUGAAGAUAUUAAAUUUUUAAUAUAAUGAAAUUGGAAAGUUUAAAUUAAACCAAAGGUUUUUUUUGUCCUAUGAUUAGCUAUUAAUUUACUUGUUUGGUGGAGGGACAAAAGCGUUUUGAUGAAAUUUGUUAAUUGUGCACAUUAUUUUAUCUUGAAACGACUCCAGAUGAAUUGGAUUUUCAUCUCAGAUGAACUUUAUUCACGUUGAUAUGUAGGCGUACAUAAGUAAUGUAUGCUACAUGCAUUUUGAUUGGAUUUUAAGAGACAAAGUAUGUCUUUUUAGCUUAGAAGACAAGAAAACAACAAGCAUCUUGAUUUGUUAAUUUUACACAAUGUAAUUAAUUACAAAGGGAAUUUUUAGGAAGUCAAGAAUAAUUUGACUGCUGUAAAGCGAAAACGUAAGGGAAUGCAAAACAAUGUAUUCUAAUUUUAUCUUAUCAAAAAAAACAAAAAAAAAUUAUUGCAUUGAAUUAAAUUUGAUCUAUUAUUAUAACAAUAAUUAUUGAUGCUUUUCGAUUCUGUAUAAAUGUGGGUGAUGUGAUCCCCAUUUAUUUUAAGUUUGCUUUCCUGUUUGUUAAUUCUUUUCUCAUGUUUUUGUUUUUCUCUUGGGGAUUGUCAUCCCUGCCUUCUCUUAUUCUAGUCUUGAUCUUGUUAGUCUUUUUUCUAUCUCUAUCUGUGCAUGUUGCGAUUGUCAUAUAUCUUCAAAUCACGUUAAAAAGCAUUUUUUAUAAAUAUUUUUCCUCCUGUCAUUUUAACGUUUUGUCAACAAACCAUACAUACAUUGUACCUACAUUAGCUUCAUCAGAUCUGGACUUGUCACAGCCCGUUUGUCUUUCUAUGAUAAUGUAUGCCUCAUUUUGCCAUGAGGGGUACAUGUGCCAGAGGUGAAUUAACUCCCUUUGGCGUAACUUCUGGGCUUUCUGGAUGUGGUCUGAUAAAUAAGAUAUGAAGAGUACAUAAUUAAUUUUAUCUUGAAUGGAUAAAAAAAAACAUGGAAUGAGUGGUUCAGAUACAGAUAAAAAUGAAAUCAACAAACUUAGAAAAUAUUUGCAGUUUUCUCGACUUUAAAUUUGUAAGUGUACAUGUAUAUAGAUUAAUAAAGUUAUUUAACAUAGAAGCAUGUGAUUACAUUAAACUUGAUAUUCAUGGUGCAGGGCAUAAUGUUGGAUUAAUUCAUUAUACAGUGUAUUGGAGUAUGUGUAUCACUACUACUGUUGGAUUAUUUAAUAUGUGAGACUGGUAGAACCAGACUUUAUUGGAUACUGCAUGACUGGUAGACCCAGACUUGUUUUGUUAGCAGGGAUGUGAUGAAAUUAGAAAAAAUUGCUGUUGUGUAUGUUAAAUAGGUGAUAAAUUUAUGUACUGCGUCAGGAUAUUCAAUUGUCAUUUGAAACAAGACUUGUUUUAAAAAAUCAACUUUUACCUUGAUUAAAAAUAUAAAUUUUCACUUUGUUGGAUAUUUUAACUCAAAAAUGGAGUUAUCGCUUAUUUUUAAUUGAGGAUAAAAAUGGAGCCAAUAAUUGAUGAUGGUAUCGUUUCUCCAGUCUUUCUAGUGAUUAAAGUAGUUCCAUUACCUACGAUUGUGUAAGAAAGUUUGGACAGUCAAUCAGAAUGAACAGUUGGUCAGUUUUAAGGAAAGGAAUAUUUGAAGCCCAUUGUCAAAACACUAGUAAAAAGUUUUUUCUAGAUAUAUUGAAACAUCCUUCCUCGUGAUCUGUGAUAUAUUACCCUCGUUUAUUCUGUUAACAAAACCUAUUAUUGAAUUUUUGCAUAAAUAAUUGUAAGAAAUAUUGCAGCAUUGCCUGAAUAAAUAAAUAAAUGGAUUGAUUAAUUUAGUAAAUUUUAUUUUAAUUUGAUAACUGUUAUAAUGCUGACCUCUCAAGCGCAGUGCACAUUGAGUCUAACUACAUUAUCUAUAUAGAUUCUGUACUAAAUACACGGAUAAUGAAAUGUAUUGCUGAGCUUUAGACAUGAGGGAUGCUCAUAUUCGUUGAAUUUGUGGUCAGAAUUUUGUAGUUUUAGAAACUUUAUUUAAUAAUUUAAAUUGUUUAAUUAACUUGGUAUUUUGUUUUAGAAGAGAGAAGGUAAUGAUUAAAGAGACAAUCCGUUUAAUACAAUGUACUAUAAUGUUUUUGUACUGUUUGUGUUUUGCCUUGUUGACUAAUAAAACAAUUGUGAAAGUCACUUUAAUGUUAGAUAGGUUAAAAACUUUUUCCUCACCGCGCAGAAAGUUAAAAGAAUAUUGUAAAAAAAAAAAAGAAAAAAAAAAAGAAAGGGGGGAUAAAAUCAAAAUUUAAGAAAAUUAUCCUAUGUGUUUAUUUAAAUGUAUGUAUAUAUAUAUAAAUAUAUAUACAUAUAUAAUAUAAAGUUUGUAAAGGUACAAGAUAUGUAAAUUGUGUUAUUUCCUUUUAAAAUAACCUGAUAAAAAAUUUGAUAUGACACUGAAAAGAAAAACAAACUAUUUGAAGUAAAUGUACAAUUUUUGCCAUUAAAUUAAUUUAAAUAUUGAAAUACUGUGUGCAAAUUUGGCAUUAAAAAAUCAUUGAUUCACAAUCUUGAGUUGAUAAUAGAUACAGAUUAAUCUAAUAUACAUAAAUGGCAUAUUCAUUUAGAAAACUUUUAGCAGACAAAGUAGGGAAGCACAUAUAUUCAGAAGAAACAGAUUUUGAAAUACCAAUUUCAACAGGUAGUUACACUUAUAGCACCUAAAAAAUGUCUUUUUUAUAGAAUAAUGAAAUAUUCUUCAACAUUACAUUUUAUAUUAACAUAUAAUGAAUAUGUACGUUUGUUUGCACAUUAUGAAUCUAGAGUAUCAUAAUAUUAUAAUACUGUUGGUUUUUUUAUAUACGGUUGAGGUUAAACAUAUUGUCAUAAUAUUCUUUCACAAACAAGCAAAACCUAAAUAGAUAUAGCAUAAAUGUUAUUGUCUACAGUAACCUUUGUAUGAUGUUCCGGCAAGGGUUGUUGGGAAGAUUGAGAAAACCAUUAUCUUAAUCUUUCCAAGGCAUAGCACCGGGUGCAAAGCAUGGGUUACUGACGACACAAUAAAAUAUUAAUAAUUAAUUAAAUUCAAUGUAAGAUGUCUUAUUUGUAUCUUUUAUUUAAAAAAAAGAUUUCAUCCUAAUCUAUCCGAGAUGUACUUGUGUUUGUUUUUUUUUAGAUGGCUGACAGUACAUUCUGUUUUGAGGGGUGUGUAUGUUGUUAUAUAGAGACAGGUACUUGCUGCUUUGUUAUAAAAUUUGUUAAUUUAUGAAUAAAAAAGGCCACAUUUUAUUGUAACUUAUAUUAUAUUAUAAGCAUCUCUUGUCUUCAAUUACAAUUUAAUAUUCAGUCCAACUAAUUGUUUUUUUGAACAAAACAUUUCAGUCAAAGAAGAAUUAGAAUUUUGAAAUUCUCCAUACUUUUCUAAAUUAUGAAGUUUGACAGCAGUAUAUUAAGAAUUAAAUACUGAUUUCUUUCUUCCAGUCUUUUUGUACUUUCCAAUUGAAUUUGAAGAAUGUGUGGAGAAAAAAAAACAUUAAAUAAUAAAUUGCAAUGAGAUUAGAGAUUUGAUGAGCAAGGGAAUGUUUAGUGAGAGACCCGUUUAGUGUAUUUGAAUAGAAUUGAAUGGUUGGACAAGAGAUAGUUUAUUGGGCCGUUGUUUAUAAUUUUAGUGACUUUCUAUAGAGAACAGAUAUCCAUAUAAAAUAUACUGUCAAGCAUCAUUAAACUUGUAUAUUGCAUAUUAUCAUCACGUUAUACAUAGUCUGUUAAUAUAAUUAUUAUAAUUCAGUGAUUAGUCAGUGCAUGUAAUGUAUGAUUCGAUGAAUUAAAACAUCGUCUUUUAAUGAUUUUAUUUUUGAGCGAAAAUGGUAUUGUUUCUUAUUUAUUUUUAGUAGAUUCAUCGAGGACUAUGUAUUGCUUGCUAUGGAUUAGUGUUUAUUGUAUCAUUAUUAUCAUUGUAUCAUCAAUCUUUAUCUUACUAACAUCCAAGGGUGGAUUGGAGUUACAUUGGGCUGGUGGGCAACAUCAUAACUUGGUACCCACUGGGUCCUGAUCUGCAUCACCAUCACCCCCAAUGUAACCCUGUAAUGUCCCUCUUUAACAUUUUAAUAGGAAAUUUGUUCUCCUGUUUUAACAACAAGUCACCAGCUUCUUGUGAUAAUAAAACGUUGAUUAGCAAGUACCCCUCUCUAUAAACCGUAAUUAUAUGCAGUUCCAAGUAAGUUAAUAAAGCUGAAUUAAGCGUU